AUGCGCGCUGACAGCCCCAGGCUUCUUGCUUCCGUCAAGAUCGCGUGCUCAGUGGAUAUUAUCUUCGGCGUGCUGGCGCCCUGGCGAUUCUCAUCGCGCAGCCGCCCAAAUGUCACUUUUAUCGAACAACUCUCGCAGCGCCGGCGCGGCGGCAACUCGGCGGGGCUCCGCGCGCUGCGCGUGGAAAAACCGGUGAUGGCCCAAAUCGCCGCGGCCCCCGACCGCCCAGUCGACUUGCCGGCCACGAAAGCGAGCGGCGGUGGACCCUUCGACGAGGGGCUUCCACGCCCCGUGGAGGACCGCCUCUUAAUGGAGUCGAGGAGCGGCGUCGAGUGGAGGAGCACCCUUGACGCGCCGUGGAGAGCGCGGCACGAGGUACUCACCGAUGAGAAUCGCCAGGGCGCCAGCACGCCGAAGAUAAUAUCCACUGAGCACGCGAUCUUGACGAAGCAAGAAGCCUGGGGCUGUCAGCGCGCAUGA